AUGGCUUUCCAGCGACGGCGCUACAAUUACUACAACCGUCUCCGUCGUAUCAUCCCUCUGAUUUGCGCCGUCUCGGGAGCUCUCCUCGUCUUCUUCGCUCUUCUCUCAAUCUUCUCCCCUCCUCCUGAUGAUUCCGAUCGCCGCAUUUCCAAGCAGAUUAAUUAUGGAGCCAAUGAUGAGAGGAACGUAGCAACGGUUUUCAGAGUUCCGAGAAGUGGAGGGAGAUCAGACCGUGACAUAUGGCGUUCAUGGAAUGCUGAAUUCUUCUACGGUUGCUGUAAUGCAAGCAGCAAGUUCCCAAAUGCUAAAGCAGUUACUAGAAAUGAUAGAUACUUGGCAAUCGCAACUAGUGGUGGUUUAAACCAACAAAGAACUGGAAUUGUAGAUGCUGUUGUUGCUGCGAGAAUUCUUAAUGCUACACUUGUGAUCCCAAAGUUAGACCAGAAAUCUUACUGGAAAGACGCCAGUGACUUCUCGCACAUUUUCGAUGUUGAUUGGUUCAUAUCAUUUCUCUCAAAAGACGUCAAAAUCAUAGAGCAACUCCCGAAGAAAGGAGGGGAAACAUGGAGCCCGAGAAGAAUGCGUGUACCGAGGAAAUGUAAUGAGAAAUGUUACAUCAAUCGUGUAUUACCUGUUCUUCAGAAAAGGCAUGCGGUUCAACUGAAUAAAUUUGAUUACAGACUCUCAAACAAGUUGAGAGACGAUUUCCAGAAGCUGAGGUGUAGAGUAAACUAUCACGCCCUUAAGUUCACCGAUCCGAUUCUCGAAAUGGGAAACGAACUGGUUCGAAGAAUGCGGUUAAGGAGCAAGCACUACAUUGCUUUACACCUCCGGUUCGAGCCAGACAUGCUCGCCUUCUCGGGAUGUAACUAUGGCGGUGGCGAGAAGGAGAAGAAAGAGUUGGGAUCAAUCAGAAGAAGAUGGAAGACUUUACAUGUGAAUAAUCCGGAGAAGCAAAGGAGACAAGGAAGAUGUCCACUUACACCGGAAGAAGUUGGAUUAAUGCUUAGAGCGUUGGGAUAUGGAAGCGAUGUUCAUAUAUACGUUGCAUCAGGAGAAGUCUAUGGAGGUGAAGAGUCAUUGGCUCCAUUGAAAGCACUUUUCCCACAUUUCUAUUCUAAAGACACUAUAGCUACAAAGAUGGAGCUGGAACCAUUUUCUUCAUACUCUUCGAGAAUGGCUGCUCUCGAUUUCCUUGUGUGUGACGAGAGCGAUGUUUUCGUUACAAACAAUAACGGAAACAUGGCCAGAAUAUUAGCCGGUCGAAGGAGGUAUUUUGGACAUAAACCGACGAUUAGACCGAACGCGAAGAAGCUAUACAAGUUGUUUUUAAGCAAAGAGAACACAACUUGGGAGGAGUUUGCUUCAAGAGUGAGGACGUUUCAGAGAGGUUUCAUGGGAGAGCCUAAAGAAGUAAGAGCUGGUAGAGGCGAGUUUCAUGAGAAUCCGGCGGCUUGUAUAUGCGAAGUUACGGAUGUGAAGACGAAAGCGGGGAAGGUGGAUUCGAGAAAACUUGGUAAGAAAAAUGUUGUGGCAAUGAACGAUACACAUAAGGAAGAUGACGAUGAUGCAGAGUGGUUGGCGGAGAAUGAUUACGAGGAAGACCAAACUGAUUUGCAGGACAGAGGGUUGUUUAAUGGUACGAGGUUAGAUUAUGAGGAUGCUUCUUCUGUUUCGGAUGAGCCUGAGAUUGAAGAAAUGCUUUCAGAUUGA